AUGCUUCGUUCCUCAAACUUGUGUCGAUCAAUUACAGCUUCUCGUGGAAAGCAUGCUUUGACCGGAGACGACUAUCAAUAUCUGGAAAAAUCAGAAAUUCCAUCGUAUCACUUCCAGAAGUCGCUGAGAAGACUGCCUAUCCCAAAGCUUCCAGAUACGGUAAAUCGCUACCUUGCUUCUUCUAAAGCAGUGCUCUCUCCGGAUGUUUUUGCAAAAACUGAAGCCACCAUUCGCAGUUUUGAAGCCAAUGAAGGUCCAAAACUUCAAGAAGCGCUUCUAGAAUACGACAAGGCUCAUAGGGACACCAGUUACAUUUCUGAGCCAUGGUUUGAUAUGUAUCUAAGAGCCAGAGUUCCAGUUGCUGUGAAUUACAACCCAUUUAUGAUGUAUGCUCCAGAUCCAAAUCCGAAAUUCAAUGAUCAGCUAACUCGCGCCACGAAUCUCGCCAUUUCCUAUGCUAGAAUCAAGCGAUCCCUCGAUGAGAACCUCUUGGGGCCAGAGGUUUUCCAUAUGAACCCGAAAAAGAGCGAUACAAAAUUAUUCAGAACCGUUUGCAAAACUCUUCCACCAAGUCUCUCAUGGUUCGGUGCAGUUGCAUUCAAAGCUUUCCCACUUGACAUGUCACAGUAUAAAUCUUUAUUCUGCGGAUCGCGAAUUCCAAAGAAAGAAAAGGAUAUGCUGUAUUUGGAUGCCUCUCAAAAGCAUUUCGUUGCGUUCUACAAAGGUCAUCCAUACGCAGUUCGUAUCUUUGACGAUGAUGGUAAACUCCUUGAUGCUGAAGACGUUCAUGCAUCUCUCGCUUGGAUUUUGAGUAAUGGAAAGGAAGCGGCACCAGAGAGCAGUAUUGGAUCCCUAACGUCGUUGGAUCGUGACUCGUGGGCUGAAGCUCGAGUGGAACUCGAAAACGCAGGAAAUGGAGAAUAUUUGAAGAAAAUUGAUGGUGGACUUUUCGCAAUUUGUCUUGAUGACCUCAAAACUGAAGAACAUAAAAGACUCGUCCAAUCUCUUCUCAUCGGAGAUGAUGCUCGUAAUCGUUGGUUUGACAAGUGCUUCCAGACUAUCAUCGAUGCCAACGGUCAAGCCACAAUCAACUUUGAACACUCGUGGGGAGAUGGAGUUGCCGUGCUUCGUUUAAUGGAAGAAUCAUUCAAGGAUACCAACAAAAAUCAUUUUGUAUCUCCAGACGACACUCCAAAAUCUCAUAAUCCAGCACAUGUGCAGGCACUCGAAUUCAAGCUCACGGAUUCUCUCAAAUCUAAAAUCAGUGAUGCUCAGAAGAAACACGUCUCUGCAAAUUCUGAUCUUGAUUUUGCGACAAUGGAAUUCGAAGGACUCAACAGAGAUUUGAUCAAGAAAACUAAAUUGUCACCGGAUUCUGUGAUGCAGCUUGCUAUUCAAAUGGCAUUCUAUUCUUUGUACAAAGAGUUUGUUCCAACGUAUGAGUCAUGUUCCACUGCUGCUUUCUUGAAGGGAAGAACUGAAUGCAUGAGAUCGGCAACAUCAGCUACGCGUGCCGCCACCUUGGCUAUUCUUGAAGAAAAUCGUAAAGAUGUUCGACAACUAUUGACUGAUUGCUCCACACAACAUUUCCAACUUGUAAAAGAAGCAUCAAUGGGACAAGGAUAUGAUCGACAUUUGCUCGGCCUCAAAAUCACAGCUCAACGAUUGAGCCAACCAACUCCAGAUUUCUUCCAAGAUCCAGGAUACACGAGAAUGGGUCAUUUUGUACUUUCAACGAGCACUUUGUCAACGGAUACGAUUGUCUUCGGAGGAUUCGGACCAGUUGUGCAAGAUGGAUUCGGUAUUGGAUACAACGUUGUUCCCAACAAACUCGGAGCCGUUAUUUCGAGCAAUAAGUCGAAACGUGACGCUGCCGCCUUCUCGAAUGCUCUUUACAAGAGUUUGGACAUUCUUCGUGGUCACCUUCUCGAUCCGAAAUAAUUGUUUGAUGACAUUUAUGUAUUUAUAGUGUAAACUACUUAUUUAUAUUCAUUUUUCUGUAUUUUAGGGUAAUUUUUCCUCGCGGUUUCUGCCAGAUUUUAACCUAACGAGUAUUUUCAGUUUCAAAAAAUUCUUGCUUUCACAUUGUAAAUGUUAAUUUUUGUGAUAAAUUUUUAUCAAUCGGGAAAUCAA